AGUCAGGGCCUCUUCUUGGUCGGGACGUCCGCUCUUGCUCCUGUCGCCGCUUUGGUGCCUCCGCGGGGACCCGGUGAGCGCCCUCCUGGCGGCGGGUCUGGGCAGAGGGCGGCGCGGGGAGCCCCGGAAGGCGGAGGAGAGGCCGGGAGAGGAUCCCUGGGAUAACCCCCGUCUCCGGACCUUCCUCAGCCGCCACCCGGGGACUCUCAGGGUUCCCCCGCCUUUCCUCCCGAGCGCUUCUUCAGCGCUGAUGGAGCCCUGCAGGGCAGGAGUCUUCUGGCUCUCUGGGGCACACGCGUGUUAGGCCUUUGCACGUGGAAAGGGCCCUGGAUACACGCAUGCAAGUCCUUCUCCACACGAACAUGGAUGCACCCCCUGCAACCACGGUUUGAGUCCGUUAUUUAUAUGCCCUUCAAGCAGCAAAGCGGGCCAAAGCGGGCCAAAGCGGUGGGGCGGUUGGAGCCCUUCCUUUGCCUCCUGAGAGGCAGCAAAACUGAUGAGCCUGGUAUGGCCCUCUCUUCGGACAAUCCGUACCCUUAAUAGGAAAAUGCCUUAGUUGCGUAGGACGUGGGAAGAACUCCAGGCAGAAAAACCUGUCCCAUGGUAGUUUGCUGAAAGAGGGAGAAUCAUCCCCGACAUCUUUCUCAGAAGCUUCCUCGGAGAAACAUCAGUCAUGGACCAACAAAACUUAGCAGGCUGUCAAGUAGGACAACAUCUUGACACCAUUCAGGCUGGAAGCAGCAGGGAAUUCUCAGAAAGUGGAGUUCAGAAGUGCACAGGCAGGACGAGCACGGAUGUACAGCCGCACUUCCAAGACUGCUUCCUUCAAAGUUCCUGCAACCAAAUCUGCGCUCUGGAUCAUCCGGAACAGAAGCCAGAGCAACACACAAAGAAACCAGUCCAGGACAUGGAGAUCCUGCAGCCGUUCCUGACUGGCUUUCCACCACAGAUGCAGGGCUGGGAAAAGGAAGGAGUUACAGAAGCAGGCCCUGAGUUUUCUGAAGUGCAGGAAGAUUCAACUGAUGACAGGUUGAGGUUCUUGCACGAGGAAGAAGGAGCCACUGUUUCACUAGGAGAUGGAGUGAUUUUGGAAAGACAGCUUCAGCCUCCUGAUCUUUUUGAUGGAGGGAAAAUUGCUGCUGUGCAGUGGGAUCAGAGGCUCUUCACCUUGGAGGAGGUGGCUGUGCAUUUCUCUGAGGAGGAGUGGGCGCUGCUGGAUCCUGACCAAAAAGCUCUGCACAGAGAAGUCAUGGAGGAGAUCAGUGGCAUUUUGGCCUCUCUUGGUGAUGAGUGGAAAAUCAUGGAUAAAAGAAAACCGAGUACAAACCAAAGAUUUCACAUAGAAGGGAAGCCACAUAAAUGCUUGGAGUGCGGAAAGGGCUUCAUGACGAAGACAAAUCUUAGCACACAUAAAACAACUCACACAGCUGACAACCUGUAUAAAUGUUUGGAGUGUGGAAAGUGUUUCACCCAAAGCGCACAGCUAAGUAGGCAUCAAAAUACUCACACAGGGGAAAAACCAUACAAAUGCCUGGAAUGUGGAAAAAGCUUCAUUUGGAAGACAAACUUAGAGAGACACCAGAGGACUCACACGGGGGAGAAGCCCUUUAAAUGCUUGGAAUGCGGGAAAAGGUUCAUUGAGAGUUCAGCCCUGAUUACACACCAAAUCAUUCACAUGGAGGAGAAACCGUACAAAUGCUUGGAAUGUGGAAAGUGCUUCACUUCAAAUACACACCUCAGUGUGCAUCAGAGAACUCAUACAGGGGAGAAACCAUAUACAUGUUUGGAGUGUGGAAAGAGCUUCAGUGAGAGCAGUAAUCUUGCUUCCCAUCGCAGAACACAUACUGGGGAGAAACCCUCCAAAUGCUUGGAAUGUGGAAAGUGCUUCAGUUCAAAGAGACAUCUGAGUGUCCAUCAAAGAACUCAUACAGGCGAGAAACCCUAUAAAUGUUUGAAAUGUGGAAAGAGUUUCAGCGUGAGCAGUAAUCUCGCUUCCCAUCACAGAAUUCAUACCGGAGAGAAACCCUAUAAAUGUGCUGAAUGCGGAAAAUGCUUUACUCGCAGUUCUGAUCUUAUUAAACAUAAAAAAAUUCACACAGGGGAGAAGCCACAUAAAUGCUCUGAGUGUGAAAAAUGUUUCACUUGCAGUUCUGACCUCAUGAAGCACAAAAAAGUUCACACCGGGGAGAAGCCACAUAAAUGCUCUGUGUGCGGAAUAGCCUUUGCGCGUAGUUCUGACCUGAUAAAGCAUAAAAAAAUUCACACAGGAGAGAAGCCGCAUAAAUGUUUGGAAUGUGGAAAGGGCUUCAUCACAAGGACCAAACUGAGUCUGCACAAAAGAAACCACACGGGAGAGAGACCAUUUCCAUGCCUGGAGUGUGGAAAGUGCUUUAUUCAGGUAGCCCAACUAAACAGGCACCAAAGAACUCACACAGGGGAGAGACCGUAUAAAUGUUUAGAAUGUGGGCAAAGUUUCACACAGAGUUCUUCUCUUACUACGCAUCAGAUAACUCACACAGGGGAGAAGCCCUAUAAAUGCUUGGAAUGUGAAAAGUGCUUCAGUUCGAGCACCCACUUACGUAGGCAUGAAAGAACGCACACAGGGGAAAGGCCCCAUCAGUGCUUGGAAUGUGGAAAGUGCUACAGCGAACGUGCGGAAUUAAGUCGACAUCAGAGAACUCACACCGGGAAGAAGCCGUAUAAAUGUUUGGAAUGUGGGAAAAGCUUCACACAGAGUUCUUCUCUUAUUACCCAUCAAAUCACUCACACAGGAGAGAAACCCUAUAAGUGUUUGGAAUGUGGAAAGUCCUUCAGUUCAAACACACACUUGCGUAGGCAUCAACGAACACAUACAGGGGAGAGGCCCUACAAGUGCGCAGAAUGUGGAAAGUGCUUCACUUCCAAUGCACACCUCUGCCGCCAUGAGAGAACUCACACAAGGGAGAGGCCAUAUAAAUGCUUGAAGUGCGGGAAGAGUUUCAAUGUGAGCAGCAACCUCACUUCUCAUCAGAGGAUUCAUACAGGGGAGAGGCGCUACAAAUGUUCUGAGUGUGGGAAGUGCUUCCUUCGCAGCUCUCACCUUAUUAUACAUGAAAGAAUUCACCGGGGAGAGAAGCCGUAUAAAUGCUCGGAGUGUGGAAAGUGCUUCAUCACGAAGAUAAACCUUAGCACCCAUGAAAAAAAUCACACAGGGGAGAAAUCUUACAAAUGCCUCGAGUGUGGAAAGUGUUUCAAUUGGAAUGCGCACCUUAGUACCCACCAAAGAACUCAUACAGGGGAGAGACCUUAUAAAUGCUUGGUGUGUGGAAAGAGUUUCAGUGUGAGCAGUUCUCUUGUGACCCAUCAUAGGAUUCACACAGGGGAGAAGCCUUACAAAUGUUUGGAAUGUGGCAAGUGUUUCAGUUCAAACACACACCUUCGCAGGCAUGAAAGAACUCACAUAAAAGAGAGGCCCAGUGCAUGCUGAGAGUAGGGAAAGAGGAUAAAGGAUAACGUUCAGGAAUCACUAAUUCCUACCAGGAAUAUAGAAAAGGUUCCCCUCUCAGAUGGCAGUUUUAAAGCUUACAAAACUGCACAUUGUGGUAUUAUAUAAAAAAGAUCAAGUCUCUUUCAAAUUCUGCUCCACACCUUGUAGCCUCAUGGAUGCAUCUGUAUUGUUUUCUAGUAUUGUGUCAUUGCUUUUUCCAGAAAGCUGUUUUUUUGUUGUUUUUUUUACAAAACCCAGUCUGCCCUGUAGCUCUGGGACUAUCUAGAGGUCUCCUAUCCAAGAUCUAAUAGGUCUGACCCUUCCUAGCUUCUGAGUUCAACAAGGAGACCCAUAUAUUGCCAUACAUAUGGGUAGUUAGUAGGGAAAUGUUUAUAUAUCCAUUUCAUUAGAAUCCACAUCUUAUGCAAGGGACCAAGGAUUGAACUUUCAUAUUGCAAGUUCUUCUAGGGCUCUGGUAGCUUCCAGUUUUGCACUUCAUACUCAACAGGUUUGCGCAUGUAAUGUGCAUGGAUUAGAAAUGUAGAUCAACUGGCAACAUUAGUUAGGCUCCUUAAUAAUUACCUCUUCCUUCUCUGAAUGGAAAUCUGUAGGUGAGUGUGUUUUGGAGGCUAAGCAAGGAAUAGAGAGAUGAGAUUAAUUGAGGCAGAUCACCAUACUUUUGUGGCUUCAUCCAGUAGUUCCAUUAAGCCGAAGACACUGUAUUGUAGAUCCAUUGCAUUAUGUAGCAACUUUUUGCACAGAUCCCUGGAAGCAACACACCGUUUCGAAGCUUUCAGUGGAAAUGGGACUCCAACAAAAUAGUAUCGUAUCAGAUGUGAAACAUAAGGAAAGAAACUGAGGAGCAUAGGACUUGGUGCUAUAACAUUUUAGCAGAUUAUGGAACAAUGUGGACAUACAGCGUCUUCCUCCUAAGCCUUUGACAAAGAACCACAUAAUUUUCUGAUUUGCAAGCUUAUUCAGUGUGGCCUGGAUAACAGACACGCUAUGUGACUCCAUAAAUUAGCUUGAAAACAAUACCCAGCAUAUUCAUUAACCCCCAAGGAAGGGGUCAAUUUAGCAAAUAUACAUGAUGAUAAAACAUCCUUCACGGUCAUUAUAUUAGUGAACCGUGUGAUGUGUCUGUGAAAUAGGGAAUUCUAACUGUAGAUUGUAGUGACAGAAGAAUUGUUUCUAAACUCUGGAAGACAUAUUAAUUCCACUACAUUGUGCAUUGUUUCAGCCCUGUUUUGAGUACAUUGUCCAGUUGUGGGAAAUGCAUUUUAAACAGGAUGUGGAUACAUUAGAUCAUAUUCAGAGGUGGAGAAUAAAGUUCAUCAGGGAACUGGAAAUUUAGUUCUCUAAGGAAGUAAAAGGAAUUGGGCGUGUUUACUUCUUCAGAAGUUGGGGUGGAUAUGAUAGCCCUCUUCAGAAAUCCUGAAAGGAGAUGACUUAAGGACAGGAUCUCAAAGUGAUGUAUAAUGGGCUGAAAUUUCUAGAAGGUGGAUUCUAGUCCUGUUGAAGGUUAAGAGAAACUUCCAGGAAGAGCAAUAUAGCAGCAAACCCAGUUACCUAGGAAGUGGUGGACUCCCUUUGCUGUGUGUGUGCUCCAACUGAAGCUCAGCAGCCAUCUGUUGUCAAUGAUUUGAUUUGGAGAGAGCCGCUGAACAGGUAUCAAUGGCUACAUCCAACUUUACAGUUCUGUAUAUAGAUUGCUAUCUGGAUUGUCUGGGGCACCAAUUAUUUCCCUAUUGCUGAUUUAGAUAAAAUAUGGUUUUGAUGGAUUCAUGUCAUGCUUUAUACUAAUAAGAAUCAGUGAAUGAAAA